AUGAAGACGGCUGUAUUUCUUGUUGUUUUGAGUUGUGCAGUAGCAUUGGAUGUUACUCUCAAUCAACAUUGGAAUUUAUGGAAAAAAACUAAUAAUAAAAAUUAUUCUGAUGUUGAAGAACAUAUUCGUCGAAAUAUUUGGGAAAGUAAUUUAAAAAAAGUGCAAGCACAUAAUUAUGAAGCUGAUCUUGGUAUUCAUACAUUUUGGCUUGGAAUGAAUCAAUUUGCUGAUUUAACUGAAAUUGAAUUCUCGAAAAUGAUGAAUGGUGAUAAUGCUAAAGUUCUUAAUCAAAAAACUAAUGCUCAAUAUGAAUUUACACGAAAUCCAAAUGUUAAAUUACCAGAUACUGUUGAUUGGCGUGAUAAGGGUUAUGUUAAUCCUGUUACAGAUCAAGGUCAAUGCACAUCAGAUUGGGCAUUAGCAGCAACUGGCUCACUUGAAGGUCAACAUUUCAAUGCAACAGGCAAAUUAGUCGUACUUUCUAUACAAAAUUUAAUUGAUUGUUCUGGUAAACAAGGUAAUAUGGGUUGUGUUGGUGGUGAACCAAUUCAAGCCUAUGAAUAUAUAAAAGAAAAUAAUGGUAUUGAUACUGAAGAUACUUAUCCAUAUGAAGGUGAUAGUAAUCGAUGUCGAUUUAAAGCUGAAGGUGUUGGUGCUACUGUAACUGGUUCGACUGCUAUUAAAUCAAAAGAUGAAGAAGCUCUUCAAGAAGCUGUUGCUAAUAUUGGUCCAAUCGCAGUUGCUAUUGAUUCAAGUCAUACUUCAUUUCAAUUAUAUAAACAGGGUGUCUAUCAUGAAAUCUUUUGUUCACAAAUUCAUCUUGAUCGUGGUCUUCUUGCCGUUGGUUAUGGUACUGAUUCUGGUAAAGAUUAUUGGCUUGUUAGAAAUAGUAUGGGCGUAAAAUGGGGUGAACAAGGUUAUAUUCGAAUGACUCGUAAUAAACGUAAUGAAUGCGGUAUUGCUACAUCUGCAAGUUAUCCACUUGUUCCAAAGAUGUAA